AUGAGACGAGCACCACCCAGACUCCGUGCGGGCUGCGUCCCAAGCGCGGUGUCUCGUCCUCGUGGCGCGCUGGCCGCGCCAUUGUUGCCUCAUCGCGUGGGGGCAGGAAGUGCCCGCGCUGGCCGAGAGAUGGCACUCUCGACCUUUGCCAGCACCCGGUCUGAGGCGCUUCGAGUGACUGAUCGGUUGUGGAGUACGACUGGCUCAUAUGCGACUAUUGUCCGUGAGCAGCAGCGAGGGUUCGCGACCCCCGCCAAUGCGGCGCACAAGGGGAGCACACUCGAGACGAAGGACCCGAGUUCUUCCCAGGAUGGGCCGAUGAGGGAAUAUGACCUGCGGGUAGAGGAGGGUCGUUUACGGGAUGAUCCUUAUCAACGAGGCAUCAUUCAAAACCUUCAAAAUCUCUUCGAAGCCCUCAAACAUUACUCUCCACCUCCGGUUAUCCACCCCAGCGUCGCAUCUCUCGAUCGCGCAGCCAAAAAGUCCUUCUUUGGCUCCCUCUUCGGCUCCGGCAGCAGUAAAGCCGCCAGCUCAGGAGGAGCGCACAAGGACCUCCCCAACGGCCUUUAUAUGUAUGGGGAUGUUGGUUGCGGCAAGACCAUGCUGAUGGAUCUCUUCUACGACACGCUGCCUUCAAACAUCAGGACCAAGUCCCGAAUUCAUUUCCACAAUUUCAUGCAGGAUGUACAUAAACGCAUGCAUGUGGUGAAGAUGAAGCAUGGCAAUGACUUUGAUGCGCUGCCUCUUGUCGCGGCUGAUAUUGCUGAGACAGCGAGUGUCUUGUGUUUUGAUGAGUUUCAGUGUACGGAUGUGGCGGAUGCUAUGAUUUUGCGACGACUCCUUGCAUUCCUUCAGUCCCACGGUGUCGUCCUCGUCACAACAUCAAACCGUCACCCAGAUGACCUAUACAAGAACGGCAUCCAGCGCGAGUCCUUCAUCCCCUGCAUCACCCUCCUCAAGACCGCUCUCAACGUCAUCAACCUCAACUCGCCCACUGAUUAUCGCAAAAUUCCCCGUCCACCCGCGGCUGUCUACCACAACCCCCUCGGCGAGGAGGCCGAACGCCAUGCCCACAAAUGGUUCGAAUUCCUGGGCGACCCUAUCGACGAUCCUCCUCAUGAAACUUCCCACGUCGUCUGGGGCCGCAAGAUUCGUGUCCCCGAGGCCAGUGGGAAAGCGGCUCAUUUCACCUUCAAGCAGUUAAUUGGAGCGGCCACCGGUGCAGCGGAUUACCUCGAACUAGUUCGCCAUUAUGAUGCGUUCAUCGUUACAGAAGUCCCAGCAAUGAACUUGAAUCAGCGAGACUUGGCACGCCGAUUCAUUACUUUCAUCGAUGCCGUCUACGAGAGCAGGGCAAAACUCGUCCUUACCACCGAAGUUCCCCUCGAGAACCUCUUCCUCUCUCAGGCCGACAUCCAAAGCUCCCUCAAGGCGAACAGCGGCGACGAAAGCUCCGCCUCCGCCUCCGAUAUCUCCGACGCGAUGCGCAAUCUCAUGGACGACCUGGGCAUGUCCGAGCAAACACUCAAGAACAGCUCUAUUUUCAGCGGCGACGAGGAGCGCUUCGCGUUUGCGCGAGCGUUGUCACGGUUAACGGAGAUGGAGAGUCGCGAGUGGGUUGAACGCGGUCUUUUGGGGGUUGGGCAGAAGACGGAGGAGGAAGGGAGGCAGGAACGGGAGGCUUGGAAGAAGACGAGAAGUCAUUGGAGUGAGGAUAACAUGUGA